AUCAGCCAACACACGAUCUUCAGCAUCCAGGGUGCAAUCGCGUCCUCCAAUGACAUCAAGAGCGCAAGCUCCAGCAGGCGCUGUUGCGGCCACUCAGGACUGCAUGGUUGGAUUUGAUAUUCACGGUACUCUGCCCAGCACCUCCAUUGAUGAUGGGAUAAUCAAGCGAGGGCGAGGGCGACCGAGGAAGAAUGCUAUACCCAGUCCGAUAACAUUACCUUGUCAACCAUCAUCAGCCAUGCAAUCAGGUAUCGUACGCUUGCGUCGAGCCCAUCAGCAUGUCCCAGUUCCAGUAUCUGGAGUUGCGAAUCGAGGUAGACGGAAGAAAGAGCAGGAUCUAUCCCCCUGCGAAUCCUGUUCAGCGCAAGGCGGCAUGUUCAAAGUGGGAACACUCAUGGUUUGCAAAGAGUGCGCGAGCCUGAUGAAAGCAGCCGCUGGUAGUGGGUUACGUCGCGCUCUACAACCAUGUUCAGUGGUCACGGCAUGGAGCAAGUCCUCGGGAGUCUCUGAUUCCAACGGCUUGACAACAUUGUCGUCCAAGAAGGCUAGCAAGGUAGCUCGUAAGCGCUACGAUCAAUGUCAAGGCACUGGUGUACUAGGCAAGAUGUCUUUGGCAGGCGGGUCUCCAGACGCAUUGACAAUGCAGCUUGGCUCAACGGAUCUGGAAAGGACUGGUAUCAAAAACAUGGAUAGUAAGGAGGUUGAAGACAUAAAGCAGCAUCAGCCCGAUGUUCCUUCAACCACAGCAGCAAGACGUGGCAGGAAGCCAAAGGCGGUUGGCGUCGGCCGUGAUUCACCCAUAGUUCAGCUCUUCAAAGUUCCAGGACCAACAGUCCUCAGCAGUGGUCGUCCUCCAGCCUCAAUUAAAGUCGUGUCUUACAAUACCACUAGUGUUGGCGCAAGGACUCCAUCGGACUUCCAGACUACAGGCGCAUUUCUCACGAGAACAGCAUCCAAGCUGCUGGGUGGCCACGCGGUUACUGGAGUCGACUGCAAUAUCCACGGAUACGCUUACGGCCGGGCGGUUAAAGUUCAAAAUGUUGACGGAACAUGGUAUUUCGGUUCCAUGGUCAACCUGGAGAACGGAAAGAUCAAAAUUCAUUUUGAUGGAUGGGGUUCUGAGUGGGACGAAUGGAUUGCUUCCGACAGCAAGCGCUUGAGGAUAUUGAACGUGGAUGAAAUCCAGCACAAGGAGUCUGUUUUACAGGCCAUGAACAGCGAUACAUACUCUUCAAUAUCACUUAAUGAGAGCAAUUUGGAGAGGGCAUCUCCCUUGGCAGCGUCAUCGGAGACAGGAAUUCAGCAUGAUGGAGCACAGGGCCAGCGAAGGACAGGAAAACCAGUCAAGCGCAGAACGAUGCAGAUGGAUCAAGAGGACAAUAUCGUAAACCCUGUUGCACGCAUUGUCAACGUAGCUAAGCGCCAGAAAAAACCUGCAAAACCGACUGUCGGAAUCCCGCCUUAUCAAAAUUUCACAAACGAGGCAGCGUCAGGAUCGCGACGUACACAGGUCCCAAUUCUAGGUCCGGGCUCAACCGACAGAGACGGCGGCGGAUGUUCUGAGAAGCUCACCACUCAGCCUACAACCGAACCUCAUAGUGUGCAAGAGCAGCAGAUGUCGACGGCCGCAGACGUUCGGAGCACCUUAUCAACGAUCCUUAUCGAGGCCCAGAUUCAUCCCCUGGACAAGUCUCAGAUGCGGCAUGACUCUACCAUCCAAAAGACUGAUUCCGAUCAUGUCUUUAUUCAGUACGAUGGACAGGCGAGAAAUUGCCAAGGACGGGCGGAUGUCAGUAAUGGAUAUCCAAAGCUUUCCGGAUUCAAACCAAUACAUAUCACAAAUGCAGAUCACCCUACACUGAAGAUGCUCUCAUCAGUCGCCACCAAAAGCGAGCUUAAGCACAGCAUUUACCCAACUGCUGAGCAACUGCAUUUACCUUUCGCUUCAAGCACAAGCACGUCUUCGGAACUGGCGACCUCUACUUCUACAUUUAGUCUUGGUCAUGGGCCUGCUUUACCAGACCAGCCCCUUGCGCCCUCAAGUGACAUCCUGCACGAGCUCUCGAUUUGUAGCGACAAUAAUGAAGACCUUGCCUGCACGUUGGCGCCAUUACAUGAUCGGAACUAUCGCGAUCUUAAUAUGCGCAACCCCAAACACGGAUACUGGAGCGAUCGCGGAGAUUGCGAUGCACGUGAUGGCGCGGGCAACGGAAGAAUAGGCACCAAAGAUAUCACACCGGCGGCUUCAUCGUUUCCUUCAUUCGGAAAUCCUAUCCCUCUGGUCCUUGCUCCAUCGAUCAUUUUUGAGUUCAAACACCUGGACGAAAAAAAGGAGAUUAUAUCCAUCAUCCAGCAAGUUCUUGGCACUGGGCUAAUAACGAACAGGGCUGUCGAGACUCCACGCACGAAUCUCAUACAGUCCGGAAUCGCGAUAAGGAGGAAGAACGCUGCCCUCAGCGUAAAUGGUAAUGGUAAUAGUCAGGAAGAACGCAGUUCGAGUCAAGGAGAUGGCGCCGGCAACGGUGGGGAAAGCGACUGUGAUAAUGUUCCUCAAAGAACGUUUACAAAGACAAGAGACCGGUUUGUAGCGCUAUUGGAGACUCGACAUGACGGCAGAGGUCUUCGAUCCUUGGAAAUGAGGAAUGCCACCGAAUCCAGCGUGAAGAAGAAUGAGUCCGCCUUGCAAGAGGUCUUGCAUAUGGCCACUCGAAACAUGAGUGACACUCCAUCGAUUCGAUUUACUCGCCAGAUUGCCUAUGAUUAUACGACCGGAAGCGUUCCUUCAUUUGGCAGCUUUGAGCGGCGGAGGCAGGAGACCGUGAAGGCACUUUCUACACGUAGAGAAGCAAACCAGCAACCAAGGGGUGCACCUGGCACGUCGAGUGCAUUCAUCGGUGGAGUCACGUUCAAUGAAGCUGGCCAGGUUGAGACAUCCCCUUCAUUGAAGAUCACGAGCGUGAAAGGGAAGCACCACAAAAUCAACAAGAAAUGCAAGGGUCAGAGAAUGCUGAAGACAAUGAAGGAUCUCGACUCCAUCCACGAUGAUGACAUUAUGGGAGCCAAUGGAGUCUUUCAAAGUUUGCGGAGUCUUACCCGGUCCAAGAAACGAAAGAGAAUUCUGGAAGAUGGCCACAUUGCGUUUCUGAGACAAGCCAUGGUGCCCGGCGCUAGGAUACAGGCGAGAGAUCGGCAAAUGGACUGGCUGACGGCGACCAUACGGGAUAUCAAGAACAGUCGUGUAUUGGUGCAUUACGAGGGCUACCAAGACUUUUUUAACGAGUGGAUUGAUAUCAAUAGUGAACGGCUUCGAUUCGACUCAUCUUUGGUGCAAGAAACGCUAGUGCAGGCCAACAACGAGCCAGCGGACAAUUCCAAUUUGACCCUUGACGCCAGUACAACUCUACUGCAGGACUCAUCGCUGCUGGAGUCUGAUAUAACGACUUUGGCUGACAGCGUGCCAUUAGAAGAGGCUGCCAUGGAUGUUCACUGUAUUCAAUGUCAGGUCAAAAUUAGCCAGUUUCGUAUUUACUGUAUGUAUUGCGAAGUAGAUGCCAACUAUCAAGAGCAGGGACGAGGACCGUUCAAUCUUUGCCUUUGGUGUUUCUCAAAUGCAUUUCCUGAACAUCAUGACCAUCCGCGAUCAUCAUUUGCCACCAAAGUAAUAGUUGGACCACGUGGGGUUCGUCCCGUGAAGGGAGGGAUCAUUACUCGCUUUGAAAAGGAUCCAUUGGAUACGGCUUACAAAGAGUCUGAGAGUUUGGAAGCCGUCUCUAGACGGGCAGUAAUGUUCGAUGCAAUGAUGGAUUUGGAGAACGACCAAGGCUUUGUGUACCUGGAGCAGUGGAAGAGCCGAAGAGUCUGUGCCUUCUGUAAUGACGAUGGCACAUCUAAGGAUCGAUUUAUAGGACCCUAUCCGUUUAUAUUGGCAUCAACGAACCGCUAUGGCCACGAGAAGAAGAGGCAUUUCUGGGCCCAUGAUGCGUGUGCGCGGCAUUCUCCUGAAGUGAUCCAAGGAAAGGACGGUACCUGGUACAAUGUCACGGUGGCAAUGCGGCGCGGCCGAACCGUGAAAUGUGCCUUAUGCAAGGAGAAGGGCGCAACCAUCGGAUGCUUUGAUCCCAAGUGCGGGAGGAGUUUCCAUGUCCCCUGCACAAACAAGCCAAUGUCACAUUUUGAGGACGGCGUGAUCUUCUGGUGCCCGCAGCAUGAACGUGCUCUUUUGCAAAGAGAUGCAUAUAAUGAGACAUUUAGCUGCGACAAGUGCUCCAAGAUUCUUGGGGUGGACGCCUGGCAGACAUGCAUCAAGUGCAGCGAUGAUUUCUUUCAAACGUUUGAUUUAUGUCAAGAGUGCUUCUCGCAUGACCGGAUCGACCAUGAGCAUGACAGGCAGGAUUUCAAGAAAACAUCACUUGAGCUCAUGUACAAGGAGCAACUGUUAAGAGAAGCGGCGCAAACGAGCGAGCAGGGUAUCUCUACGCCUCUAAAAAGAAAGCACCUGGGCUAUAAACCCAAGCCAAGAAGCCUUUCCAGAGUUGUUUGUUCGUAUUGCUGGUCGGCAGCUUCUACAAGAUGGAGAAAAGGAUAUAACGGUGUGCUCUUGUGCGAGGCUUGUUUUUUAGCGGGGCCAAUAAAUGAGGUACCGAUGCAGCCAGACCUUGGAGCCGCGCACAUAUCAGAGUCUUUUGAACUCAAUCAGUUGCCUUCCAAGCUGGCUGAAUCGCCAGAGGACGCUGAUUGGGGGGUGGGAAAAUAUGCCACUUCAGCAGAGGACUAUUCUCACAGCCCUUACUUGACACGCACGGCUGUAUCUGCAGAUCGAUUUGAUCAUUCAUCCUCGCAAGCAGUCUACCUUGACUCGUAUGGACCAGCGGAGCAUCAGCUUUACUCACUCCCAAUCGAUACCACGUACUAUGACAUUCCUGGAAGAGCACCAAGGUGGGCCACGCAUUCCGGCACGGACUAUCAUGGAACAUGGCUGCCACAGACAGUGCGGAGGGCCGUGACAAAAUACACCAAUCCAAAUGACAAGAUCCUCUCCAAUUUUCUGGGACGAGGGACAGAUGCAAUCGAGUGUUUCCUUUUGGGACGAUGCUGCACGGCUGUCGAUAUAAACCCUGCAGCCAUCACGUUAUCAAUCCGAAACUGCUCCUUUGCGAUUCCUCCGGGUGGCAAUUUCAAGGCAGAGCAUCGUCCAACUAUCCUACAGGCAGACUCUCGAAAACUGUCAGGGCCGCUCUUUGAAAGCGAAAGUUUUGAUCAUGUUCUGUCGCAUCCCCCAUAUAAGGACUGCGUAGCCUACUCGACGCAUAUCGAUGGCGAUCUGUCACGUUUCGGUAAUGCGGAGGAGUUUCAACGCGAAAUGAGCUCGGUUAUCAGAGAGACAUAUCGGCUCCUAAAGAUGGGCAGACGAUGCACGUUAGGCAUCGGUGACAACCGUGAGCAUUGCUUCUAUAUCCCCGUUAGCUUUCAAUUGAUUCGGCAGUACAUCAACAAGGGCUUCGAGCUCGAAGAGCUGAUUGUAAAACGUCAGCGCUAUUGCGCCAUGUUUGGACUGGGCACCUAUCUCUGCGUGCAGUUUGAUUUCUUAUGCUUUACGCAUGAGUUCAUUGCCACUUUGCGCAAAAUACCCAAGGACGAAAUCGAUACCAUGAUAUUAUAUCCAGAUUUUACGCUGCUCCAGCAUGUUGCCAUCAAAAGCACAAAAAGGGCUAUUCCCAGCUGCCCGAUUGAGCGCAAGAGUGUAGUGAUGGGGUCAGUGUGGACCUUUAAGCCCACCGAUGAGUAUGACUUUCCAACUCUUUGCGUAUCUAGAAUGGUGGAGCGUUUCGGAAGAAACGGCGCUAACUGGGAGGAGUUCAAGCUGGAUUUCAAGGUUGAAGAAACUAAAGAAACUCAAGAUCAACAAUGGGCUGAAUAUGCAGCUGAUAUUCUUCCUCCUGAAGAAGAAGAAAUGGUGUCCUAUGAACGAGAUCGACUUCAGCAAAUACAAGAAAACAACAGGAUGCUCCUCGCCCUGGGCCUUAUCACGGAUUUGAGCGAAACAUCCGAUGAUAUUGCGCACCAGGAAAAAAUCUCCAAGGACAGUCCCUGCUACCCGCCGCCCGCAAUAACGGCUCUUCGGAUGGUGGCACAUAUUCCAGGAGCACGCUUGAAGGCCCACCAUAUUCCUGUCUAUCGCACUGCAAUCAUGCAUUUGGCCAUGGAAGCGCUAGAAAAGUUGCCAGUCACCGGCGUAUUUAUUGUAGGAACGCAGGAUAUGAGAGCCGAGAACGGAAAGCUGAUGCCACUAAGCAUGCUGAUUCUAGAAGACGUUAUCCGAGUCGUAGGAGAUGACUGUCUGAAGCUUAAGGAGCUCGGUAAGUUGUUCAUAAACCUUACAGCCUUUUUUUUAUUUUAUUUUUCGCUCAUGCUGACGAAGUUCUAUUAUCUCCUCUGAAAAAGUCGCGAUGGUGCCGGAUGGAUAUCAGAAAGACCGCCGAAAAAUUACGUGCUUGGAGGAGUACCAUGAAGAGAUCUGCUCACCAGGCGAUGAAUGCCCAUCUGAGCAUUUGCCUAUCGUCCAUGCGUGUUACCUCGUAUUUACGAA